AUGAACAAAGCAAUCAAACGAUCCUUUCGAGGAAGGCGGACGAGUAAAGUGCCAGCCACGGUAGAAUGCAACGCAGAUAAUGGAAUAAGAUACUACUCAAGGCGGUUUUCGAACACGAUUCACUCCAAAGAUCUUCCAAUGGAAUUGGAUGCAGUCGGCCUGUGGUCACCUUGGACGCUUUUAUGGUUUUGCCUAUUUUCUGUAGCGCCAUUGGCGCAUAUGUAUAUCCUGUUGAUGCUUCUGCGUGAUUUGUGUGUGUCGUUUCCGGAAUCCAUCUAUGUGCCGUUGCAACUAUAUGUCCCGUUUUUGGCGCGCUUGGCAGACAGAAUGAAAGGAGCUUCUUGGAUUGUAGACUUUUGGUGUGUAAUUGAGGCCCUCUUCUUCAUUGCCUUCAAAUUAAAGUACCGUUAUCUCCAAUCCAGAGAUCCACUUGAAGCAUCCCUGUCAGCUGCCCCAAUGUAUGAUCCUGAAGACAGAAAAAUCUUAUGGGAUCGGAUCAUCGAACUCGAAAAGGACGAUUUGGGAGCAUUUAUCUCGGGGUGGUUCUUUGAUGAGUCUAUCGAAAAUAUUUCGCGAUACGAUGUCUGUGACUUCUUGUGCUGGUGCAUGUUUGAUGGACGAAAUCAGGAACACUUGACAUCGUUAGAGUACCAUGAACUUGAAUCCCUUGUGGAAGAUAUUGAGUAUCGAAUUAGCAUUCAACUCUAUGGGGCACAGACUGAGGUUGAAAAUAAGGAGGUUGACGAUGGUGAAAGUGCUAGCACUGAUCGUUUUGAAAAGUCAAGGAAAGAACCUCGAAUCCUAUCUCCUCGACGUUGGCGCAUGCACAGCGAAGAUGCGCUAACGACGAAUUCCGAGACAUCUAGCUACUCUACAACCUUAUACUCACUUCCGAAAAAGAAUUUUCGUUUCCAAGUUGACAUUCACAGAGAGGAGCCAACCUUUUUCUCAAAUCUUUACGAGUCUUACAAGCAACGAUAUGAACAGUACAGAAGUCUAGUCGAAAAUUCUGAUUUUCAUCCGGUAAAAGAUUUCCGGACAUACCUCAAUGAUAGAGCUCAACAAGCCGACGAGUCUGCAAGAGCUACGGCCCAUAACAUGUAUGAAAGAAUCAUUCAAUCUGGAUCACAAGUCGAUAAACAGAUUGCCGCUUUGAGCCAUGCGACAUCGACUCAGCUUGCUGAAGCCUGGAAUUCUGUAAAGGGGAUGAAAGAAAGACUGGAAACAGCGAAUUUCUUGUCUCAGAAAAGGGAGGCUUUGAUGCAGCAACUCCGCGGUAACAGAGCAAUGUUAGACAGAAUGCGGGAAAUGCCAUAUGCGGUCCCAUCGAAGCAAAUGGCUGCGCUCAUGCGAAAGAUUACUGAAGUAUAUGAUUCUCUAGACAGAGUAGAACACCUUGCAAGAGAUGGGUUCGCAUCAGCAACGGGGGCAUUGGCGGCUGGGAAGCCAAUUUUUACAAACAGAGAACCACAGCGCUAUGCAAAAUAUUCGUUUGAUCCUCUGCUGAGCGUGAAGACGUUCCCUCUUGGGUUUCACUUGCUCGUCCUGGGGUUGACAGAGAUUCCAAUGCGUGUGAUGCUCGGGAAUAGAGGAUUCGAAAAGCGUUUCAUCGGUCCAUUGGGCUACUACUUCCAUCCUGGUGACGUGAAAUCCCAAUCUUUGAAGGAGGGGGGUGAUAAGGUUCCGAUCGUAUUUGUGCAUGGCAUAGGUAUCGGUCUUCUCCCAUACGUUAAGCUGGUCGAUUGUUUUCUCAAGUCUGGAAGACCAAUAUUCCUUCCCGAAAUUCCUUAUGUUAGUGGAUUUCGACCAUGGCUUAGUUCUACAUCUGUGUUGACUCCAACUGUUGUUGCUAGUACCUUGACUGCUAUGCUCGCGACACAUGGCUAUGCAAGUGGAGUUUUUGUCGGCCACUCUUAUGGAACGUCAUGGUUGAGUUAUGCAUGCAAAUAUGCUACAAAUGCUGUUGCCGCUAUUCUUUUCUUGGACCCGAUAUGCUUCUGCUUGCACACGCCUAGACUGACUAAGAAUUUCGUUUAUCAUACUCCUGAUCCUGGUACAAUUACCUACAUGGUUCGAACAGAUAUGAUGGUUAAUUGGACAAUUCAGCGAGCUUUCCCAUGGAUAUGGAUUACCUUGUUUAUUGAACAAAUCCAGGUUCCUUGUACUGUCUUUCUCAGCGAUAAGGAUGCCCUCGUCCCUGCUGAACGAAUGGAGAAUUAUUUCAAGUCGAAAGGAGUACCAAUAUGCGAUGCUGGAUCAGUAGACAGAGGGUUUUUCGACACUAGCGGUGACUUUAACGCCUGCAUCUUUCGGGGGAGUGUCCACGGAGACUUUACGGACCACCCACACUUGCUACCGCCAAUUGCUGAAGCUUGUGAUAGCUUAUGUUGCCGAGUUGAGGAGAUGAGAAAAACUCCAAUGACAAGAUCAUGA